AUGGAUACUUUAAAAGAUGUUCCAGAAUUCUUUGAAACGCAACUUGACGAAUCUAUAGUCGCGAGGACUGAAAGUUUAGCUACUUUUCGUGAGCUUGGUCCACCUGACCUUUGUCACAUAACGAAAGCUAAUGUCAAACCUGGUGUUAAAGAAGUUGGAUCUUAUCAUUAUGUAUCUGGAGUAGAUGCAUCUUCAUCAGCAACAUUAGCUGCUUAUUUAAAUUCAUUGACUUACGCUUUGAAACUCAUGCAUGGUUCACGAAAUCUUCUGCUUGGAGAAUUCGCUCUGGUGUUUAUUGUCGAUGUUCGUGUUGAAGUUAAAAUUCCUGGCGGUGUUGAUACAACAGCAGAAAUUUGGCAAGAAACAUAUAUUUCAGCUCUUCUACGUUCCAUACUUUAUUCAGAUGAUGUCAAUUAUAGAUUGGCAGGCUUUCGAUGGCAGUUGGGUUCAGAUCCGGAAAUACAGGUUGCUACAGUUGUUAGUAAUCAUUUAACGGCUGGAAUAAUGAAAUAUUUUAAUCCCGAGGUUGCAUCCUUAUUAUCUCGAGCUUAUAUAGGAAUGGGUGAAGAAGUUAAAGCAGUUCAUAUACUAUAUAACGCUUUAAGACAAAAUCCAAUGAGUUAUUCACUUUUACAUGUUCAAACCGAUUUUUUAUUAUCAAAGAAAAAAACAGAUUUUGCACUAAAAUUAGCUAAACAAGCAGUUAACUGUGCCCCUUCUGAAUUUGUUACUUGGGCAAAAUUGACAGAAGUUUAUAUUGAGAUUAGUGAUUAUGAAUCAGCAUUAUUGACAUUAAAUUCGUGUCCAAUGUUUACAUAUAAUGAAAGAGACGUUCAUCGUAUGCCAACGCCAGCUAAGACUCAUCUUCCCAUCAAACAAGAUGUUUCAAAUUCUGGAGUUCUCGAAGAUGAUAAUGAUCGUGAUAAUAAUGAGGCUGAUGUUGCACUUUUACGUCUACCUGCACCAUCUCUUCGUGGCACUUUUGCAAAAGCAUAUGCAUUGUUAACACUUUUAGUAGCGAAAAUUGGAUGGGAUGAAUUAUUAAAGUGUCGAUCAUCAGUUUUUGUCAUGGAGGAGGAGUAUCGUAUGCAAAAGGCUGCCGAGGAAGAACGUAAACAUCAAAAAACUUACACCACUGCUACCAAGACCGCUACCAAGACUGCUGAUGUUACUACCACCAAAAAUGAAAUAGUUGAAAAGUUAUCAUUACCAUCAACCAAUAAUGAUAAUACAAUAUCGAAAUCAGAUGAUGAAAAAAAUGAUAACGAUGAGAACGAUCAACAAUCAGUUAAUUCUGAAAAUUUGGAGGAAGUUGAUUUGGAUGACGAUAAAACUGUCGUUACUACUAAAUCACAACAGCAAUCAUCAGAAAAUGAUGCUAAAGAAGCAUAUCAAAAAUGUCUUGAAAAUAAAUUUUCCGCUAAAUCAUGGUUAAAAUUAUUGGAGUAUUGCGCUGAUGAAGGCGAUAUAGAACAUGCAUUACUGGCAGUGGUUAAAUUAACAGUUUAUCAAGAGAGAUGGUAUCACGAAAUAAUUUAUCCAACUGUAAUCGCAUAUAACUUAAACAAAUUAGCAAAAAAUGAAGGAUUAACCAAAAUACGUCACCAUCUUAUUUCAAUGAAUUUGAAUCCAUCUAGUAGACAUUAG